CUUGCCCAGCCGUCCACCAGCGUCGUGUUUUGUUAUUGUAUUCUCAAGUGAUUAUCGCUUCAACAGGGAUUUUCGUUCCAUUGAGCUUAAUCAACAUGUUCUGGACGACGACCGACCGGCCGGGAUGCGAUCUUUAGUCUCCAUUUGCGCACCUAAGCAUCAACAACAUUCUGGCGAAUUGUUGACAAGAUGAAGUGCCCGUUGCAGGCGUUUUGCGUUUUUGUGGCUUUGUUGAGUUCAACAGACUCGCACAGUGGCGGUAAUUGGAGACCCUUCUCCCAUCAUCGCCGUAAAAUUAACUUUCAAAAAGAAUUUGAACUUUCAGCCAAGUCAUGCCGGCUCCGUAGUGAUCCUUCGAUCGUGGGAAGGUGCAUCCCAGUGGAGCAGUGCAAUCGAAUGUCCCCCAAUCUCAUCAGCAUGGAAUUUCAGCCGAAUUUCUCCCACAAAGACUAUCUCAACGAGCGAGUUUGUGAUCACGGUCCGCAUGAUUCCGUUCACAUUUGCUGUGCCGACGAGUCCAAGCGGAAGUAUCAACCAAUCCGAAGAAAGCAAGCACGCCAAUCGUGCCUAUCCUUCCGCAAUGUUCAGGGAACGUGCACCCCCAUCGAAUCGUGCCCUUCUAUCUACAACUGUAGUAUGGAGUUGCAGCGAAACUACCAUCCCACGUUGCAUCUCCAUCUGACGCAAAGCUUCUGCUACCAGGAAAAUGGCGUAGUCCACGUGUGCUGCGACGAUGAUGUGACGCCUCUGGUGAAAUUGUCCAAAAAGCAGGGAUGGAAAAAGUGUCAAACCCCAUUUUUAGAUGAAGGAAAAUGUGUUCCCGCGAAACGAUGUGGAGUGAUUGGGGACUUGGAGCGGGUUCCGGUGGAGUUUCAAGCCUUCAUGGUGGGCUGCGAUCAGCCGAAGAAUGUAAACCAUAUGUGCUGCCCUGCGGAGGAAAUUCAGUACGACACGCAGUUGGGAAAGCAGUGUGAAACGGACAGUGGGAAAGCGGGUCUUUGUGUGGAACUGGAUCGUUGUGAGGACGCAUCGAGCAGCGGUGAUGAUGCCCGGUAUGUGCAGAAGAAUUGGUGCUACACCAAUCUGGAUCAAGUGGAAUAUGUGUGCUGCCCGAAGAAGAGAAUUGCGAAAAUCCCGGAGAAAACCUUCGAUAUCGGAAGUCGCCUUGGUGAGGAUGCCCCCGUUUGCACCACUCCAAAUAACUCCGCAGGACGGUGCGUGGCUUUGGCAGAUUGUCCUCCGAUCGUUAACGUGCUCCUAGAGGCAGCAGCCGCUAAGCGAACUGUAACUGCCGACCAGGCCAUCUACCUCAGAAAUAGUAUUUGUUCCGUGGGAACCACUACGACCAGCACUUACCACGUGUGCUGCGAUGAAAUGGCACUACAAACAGCGACACAGCCCACUUCAACCGUACCUGUAGUGUCAACAACUAACGUUGCCAACGAUAUUGCGAAUCAUCGCAACGCCCGUCUGCUCAACCCAAGCAAUUGUGGCCGAACCAAUCUGGAUGAUAAGAUUGCUUUUGGCGAACGAGCUCCCAUGUAUCAGUACCCGUGGAUGGCCAUGCUAAUUUAUCGAUCAACCUCUGGCCGGGAGGGUCCCGAGUGUGGAGGGACGGUCAUCAACAAUCGAUACAUUCUAACGGCGGCACACUGCAUUGAUGGUCAAAUUGAACGACUAUUGUACGUCCGCUUAGGAGAGUACGACACCCGAACGGAUCCGGAUUGCGACGAGUACAUGGAUUGUGCCCCACCUUAUCAGCGAUACACGGUGGAGGAAUCCCUUUUUCAUCCGAAUUUCACCCGAGUGGUCCGUUCCGGAAAUGAUCUCGGGCUGCUGCGGGUAAAUCGCGUAAUCGUGUUCAACCUAGACGACAUUAUGCCAAUUUGUUUGCCAAUUACCAACUCACUGAUAGGGUUCGAUCCGGCGCUGUUCUGGAUAGCCGGUUGGGGACUUACGGAACGGUUGGAGACCAGUCCGAUUUUGCUUCGCACGCGUAUCCCGUCCGUUGAGUGCAGUCUGAAUAACCGAUCGAUCUGUGCCGGGUUCGGUAACGGGACGCUGCACUGUCGGGGAGAUUCCGGUGGGCCGAUGAAGGUGCAGGUACCGGAGUUUAACUUCCGUUACGUUCAGUAUGGUAUUAUUUCGGCUGGUCCGGGUUGCGGAGUGGCAGGAACGCCGGGAGUAAGCACACGGGUGUCGUACUUUGCCCAAUGGAUAUUGGAUAAUAUCCGAGAAUAAUCGAUUUGAAAGCAUGAAUAAAGUCGAUAUUUUAUAAAACCAA